AUGGACCCGUCCCGGAUGCUGUACUAAACCCGGACAGGAUGUGGCUUUGAAGUACGUUACCAAAAUGUGUUAGCUAAGAACAACGACUUGUAAGCAUCAUGACAAAAACAUGUUCCCCCAAGAAAAAAUAGCAUUUGUAUCAAAGUAGAGGAUCGUGGCGGGGAUGUGGCUACGUUAUGGGAAACGUUUUCGGGAGAAAGAGUCGCCCUUCUCGAGUUACAGAACAAGACCGAGCGAUUCUGCAACUGAAACAGCAGAGAGAUAAACUUAAGCAUUACCAGAAGAGAGUCACCCUGCAGCUGGAGAAGGAGAGGAGUCUGGCCAAGCAGCUGCUGAAGGAUGGAAAGAAAGAGAAGGCACUGGUUCUUCUCAAGAAGAAGCGUUAUCAGGAUCAACUGCUAGACAAGACUGAGAAGCAGAUAUCAAACCUGGAACGCAUGGUUCAAGACAUUGAGUUUGUCCAGAUCGAGAUGAAAGUCAUUGAGGGGCUGAAGGUUGGAAAUGACUGUCUGAAGAGUAUGCAUGAGGCCAUGUCACUAGAGGACGUGGAGAGGAUCAUGGAUGAGACCCAGGAUGCUAUAGAAUACCAGAGGCAAAUAGAUGAGAUGCUGUCAGGCUCCCUGACUCAGGAGGAUGAGGAUGCUGUGCUAUCUGAGCUGGAGGCUAUCACUCAGGGUGAAGAUGUAGACCUACCAGAGGUCCCCACUGAGCCUCUACCAGAGGUCCCAGAACCAGCUGAGACAGAGCCAGAGAGAAGACCAGCAAGGAACAAGGAGAACAGAGAGAUGCUGGCAGCGUAGAGACAAGACUCAACAAUAACAACAGUAGAUGGAGCUAGUCCAACUGACUCAAUAACAGUAGCUGUGGAUGGAGCUAGUCCAACUGACUCAAUAACAGUAGCUGUGGAUGGAGCUAGUCCAACUGACUCAACAACAUCAAUAUCAACAGUAGCUGUGGAUGGAGCUAGUCCAACUGACUCAACAACAGUAGCUGUGGAUGGAGCUAGUCCAACUGACUCAAUAUCAACAGUAGCUGUGGAUGGAGCUAGUCCAACUGACUCAACAACAGUAGCUGUGGAUGGAGCUAGUCCAACUGUCUCAACAACAGUAGCUGUGAAUGGAGCUAGUCCAACUGACUCAACAACAUCAACAGUAGCUGUGGAUGGAGCUAGUCCAACUGUCUCAACAACAGUAGCUGUGGAUGGAGCUAGUCCAACUGACUCAAUAACAACAACAGUAGCUGUGGAUGGAGCUAGUCCAACUGACUCAAUAACAACAACAGUAGCUGUGGAUGGAGCUAGUCCAACUGACUCAACAACAUCAACAGUAGCUGUGGAUGGAGCUAGUCCAACUGACUCAAUAACAACAGUAGCUGUGGAUGGAGCUAGUCCAACUGACUCAACAACAACAACAGUAGCUGUGGAUGGAGCUAGUCCAACUGACUCAAUAACAUCAACAGUAGCAGCUGUGGAUGGAGCUAUUCCAACUGACUCAACAACAUCAACAGCUGUGGAUGGAGCUAGUCCAACUGUCUCAACAACAGUAGCUGUGGAUGGAGCUAGUCCAACUGACUCAACAACAGUAGCUGUGGAUGGAGCUAGUCCAACUGACUCAACAACAGUAGCUGUGGAUGGAGCUAGUCCAACUGACUCAACAACAGUAGCUGUGGAUGGAGCUAGUCCAACUGACUCAACAACAUCAAUAUCAACAGUAGCUGUGGAUGGAGCUAGUCCAACUGUUUCAACAACAGUAGCUGUGGAUGGAGCUAGUCCAACUGACUCAACAACAUCAACAGUAGCUGUGGAUGGAGCUAGUCCAACUGACUCAACAACAUCAACAGUAGCUGUGGAUGGAGCUAGUCAUCAUGCUGGUCUCUCACUGCAUGGAGGAGCAGAAUUCAUCCAGACUCAUUCUGCUGGUCUGUCCAGUCCCUGAUCCCUCUCUGUAUCAUAGAAUGGAGUGCAGGUACGCCAGAAGUACACAUUCCUCUUCGUAAAAACUUUAUUGUCCCAACGUUGGACAAUAUGAUAUGUAGCAAAAACAGGAACAAAUGUGUACAAGCAGACCCCCCCCCCCCCCCCCGAGGCCUAGGAGAACACCUAGGAGAACACCUAGGGGAACACUUAGGGGAACACCUAGGAGAACACUUAGGGGAACACCUAGGAGAACACCUAGGGGAACACCUAGGGGAACACCUAGGAGAACACCUAGGAGAACACUUAGGAGAACACUUAGGAGAACACCUAGGAGAACACCUAGGAGAACACCUAGGAGAACACCUAGGAGAACACCUAGGAGAACACCUAGGAGAACACCUAGGAGAACACCUAGGAGAACACCUAGGAGAACACUUAGGAGAACACUUAGGAGAACACUUAGGAGAACACCUGGGAGAACACCUGGGAGAACACCUAGGAGAACACCUAGGAGAACACUUGUUCUGAAGUCUCCUCUGGUCACUGCCUUUCUAAUGAUGAAUUAAACACUAAAGGGAAAAUGAUUGCCGUCUCAGUAUAUGGUUUGGAUUGAAUGGUAGCAUGUUGUCACUGUACAAAUUCCUUUAUAAUUCACACGACUGAAAAAUGAAGUUAGACGUAACCGACGAUAGAUGUCAUUUUAAAACCAUUGUUUUCCAUAAUUAAAAGGCAGAUCUGUGGCUUACAGACAA